AUGUGCAGUCCGUCAUCCACAAUGCCAUCGUCCGCAGAAUCAGCUUCAGCUUCAGCGCAAACAUCACCUACCACCAAAAACGCAAUGAAGAAGAGUGUCAGCUUUCAAAGCGUAGAGAUUGCCCAAUAUCCCAUGGAACUUGGAGACAAUCCCUCAGCUGAAGGCUUGCCUCUAUGCAUAGGAUGGGAAUGCGACUCAAAGUCCUUAUUUCAGAUCGAUGACUAUGAAACACAAAAGCCAGAACCUCGCAGACGCGAUCAAUUCUGGAUGCCAGCUCCAUAUCGAGUAGACAUGUUGCAGCGACAGGGGGUCACUGCUUCGGCAAUGUUGCGCACAACAAAGGAGAUGAAGCGAAUUCAGAAAUCAAGGAAUCGCUCCAUCCAGAACCAAAAGUGGGAUAAGGUUCAUCUGUUCAUGGAAGAAUCGGGGAGAAAAAUGAAAAAAGUCACUAGUGCGACCAGUCUCAAAAAGGUGGCCAGUGGAACAAGUCUCAAGCGGAUAUCGUCAUCCUCCUCAACCAUAAUGACAGCGCACUCUGACCCAAUUGGAAGCUCUACCUCUUCCUUAAGUUCCUUGAGCUCUUCCUUAGGAAAACUACUACCCAAGUCCACGAGUUCCCCAAGGCUAUCAACAUCAGGAAAAGGAAAGUCGUGCAGGUCGCGUGAUCCAUUGGACGAUUCCAGGAAACGAUUGGCGGUGCAUCUAUUGCAGCACCCAGAAGAUCUUGAUAUAGGCAAUGAAGAUUGUUCAACAGAGGAGUUAUCGGGACUCAAGAUGGAAUAA